CCUGGGCCGGCCCAGAGCCCUCGGGCAGGACGGAUCGGCCGCUGCCUGUUUAAACCUGGGGCCACCCAGGAGCCCGAUCUCCCGCGGAUCUGCAGCCGGGCUUGGGCCGCAGCGCCCGCCCCGCCGACGGCAGGGCUGGGCAUGGGGGGAACAAACACCUCGCUGGGUGACCCAGGGAGAUCUCUGAGCCAGUGGCCUCGGCAUUGAAUGAGGGCUCUUUCCCGGGUCCGCGCUGGCAGGGACUAGAGGGACUUGUCCUGAGCGUCGACGGAACGUGUCUCGGCGGCGCCCAGCACGGAGGAGGCAGGCAGGGAGAGAAUAAAGGCUCAGGGACUGGCAGUUCUGCCCCGGAGCCCACCAGCCUCUCGGAGCCUCUGGUCACUGGCCUGUGUCUUCCCCAGGAUGGACAUGUGGGCAGCGCUGCUCAUCCUGCAAGCCUUGUUGCUACCCUCCCUGGCUGACGGAGCCACCCCUGCCUUGCGCUUCAUAGCUGUGGGCGACUGGGGAGGGGUCCCCAAUGCCCCAUUCCACACAGCCCGGGAAAUGGCCAACGCCAAGGAGAUGGCUAGGACCGUGCAGGUCCUGGGUGCAGACUUCAUCCUGUCUCUAGGGGACAAUUUCUACUUCACUGGUGUACAAGACGCCAAUGACAAGAGGUUCCAGGAGACCUUUGAGGACGUAUUCUCUGACCGCUCCCUUCGAAACGUGGCCUGGUAUGUGCUGGCCGGAAACCACGACCACCUCGGCAACGUCUCUGCGCAGAUUGCAUACUCUAAGAUCUCCAAGCGCUGGAACUUCCCUAGCCCUUUCUACCGCCUGCGUUUCAAGGUCCCACGGACCAACGUGUCUGUGGCCAUUUUUAUGCUGGACACUGUGAUGCUAUGUGGCAAUUCAGAUGACUUCCUCAGCCAGCAGCCUGAGAGGCCCCGAGACCCGGACCUGGCCCGCACCCAGCUGUCCUGGCUCAAGAAACAGCUGGCAGUGGCCAGGGAGGACUACGUGCUGGUGGCAGGCCACUACCCCGUGUGGUCCAUAGCUGAGCACGGGCCUACCCGCUGCCUGGUCAAGCAGCUACGGCCACUGUUGGCCACAUAUGGGGUCACCGCCUACCUGUGCGGCCAUGAUCACAACCUGCAGUACCUGCAAGAUGAGAACGGCGUGGGCUAUGUGCUGAGUGGGGCUGGGAAUUUCAUGGACCCCUCUAAGCGGCACCAGCGAAAAGUCCCAAACGGCUACCUGCGCUUCCACUAUGGCAUGGAAGACUCACUGGGUGGGUUUGCCUAUGUGGAGAUCAGCUCCAAAGAGAUGACAGUCACUUACAUCGAGGCCUCGGGCAAGUCCCUCUUCAAGACCAGCCUGCCAAGGCGAGCCAGGCCCUGAAAUCUCAUGAAUGCCCAGCUCUGAGGCCGGAUCCCCACUGUUGGGUGGGUGGGCCCUACCGGGACCCUGCUCACAGGCAGGCUUUUCCUCUAACCUGUGGUUCUGCAGCAGGGCAGGCAGGAGAACCACAGCUGAUGAACUGUGGUGUCACAUGACCCUUGUGGCACAGAUGCCCACAUAUGUGAAACAGACAUGGAUGUGUGUCCCAGCCACAGUAUUACACUCUGUGGCUGGCUCACCUCUGCUGAGUUCCAGGGUGCAGUGAGGGAGGGAGAGAAAGCUUCAUCCUAAAUCAGGCAUCUUUCUGUCACUGAUGUUCAAUAAAAGAAUAGUUGCCAAGACUGAA